AUGAAUUCAAAGUCUUAACAUUAGACCCAUAGAAAAACGUCACUUCAAGAAUAAAAUAGUAUUUUAAAAAAACCUAAAAACAAUAAUAGAAAUUAGUUUGAGUUUUAGGAAGAAAUUAGGAGUGAAUUUAUAAUUAGACAAAAGGAAUAUGAGGAUUUAUAUAAAUUUCAUAAUUACGAUACUGAAAAUUUAGUAAAUACCCCAAUAAGAAUGGAUUCUCAUUAAAGCAAGUUUAAAUCUAUCAUUAAUGAUGCUAAAUUAAAAUUUAUGAACUCCUAUACUUACCAAAACUAAAACUAUCUCGAAAAAUAACAAAGCUCUAUUAAAUUUAUUGCUGAGUAAUAGAGAAAUUAAAAGAGACUUUUAAAGAAAGACAAUUCAAAUACAACUUAAAAUAUAAAUUAAAUCAAUUUAAAUUUGAUUUUGUCUUUAACAAUUCCCAUUCUCUGCUUUAUUGUAAUAUUUUUAGAGUAAUUGAAGAAGGAUUAGAUAAUUAUAUGA